GGCUAAUCCUAGGUGCCUAAAGUCCAUAUCUGCAAAAGCGAUUCGUUCGGAAAUACCUGGUCAACUUAAUCGUUCAUAGUGUGUCUCUUUCACUCAACCAGCAUCGAGUUAGCUUCCAUUGUUGUGAUAAACGAAAAAGAGGAAACACAAUGGAGAUAUCUGAGUCGACAAAAGUGGUGUUUUUUGUUAGCCGGAUAUUCGGACUGGCGCCGUAUGUGGUAAAAAGAACAAGCAAAGGACAAAUUGUGGAUUACAAGCGGAAUCUGGUGCUGGUGAUUUACGGCUUAGGCAUCGUGUUUUGUUUAGCUGGAUUAACGUACAAAGGGAUAUUCUUCGAUAUCAACUCGAAAAAACCAAUACGUUUCGUUUUCAGAAUGAAGACGGCAACAUCGAAAGUGGUUACCACGCUGGACGUCUCAGUCGUUGUUUCUGCCUGCAUUUGUGGGGUCUUUUGCGGAGUGUUUGGGCUUCCAUUCGUUCGAGAGCUCAAUCAGCGUCUGAACGAGGCGGACGAUAUGCUUUCGAUGUACUUUGCAGCUGGAAAACAGGACAUGGAGAAACGAAAAGGUCUCACGAUGCUGACCGUGGUGGGUGUCAUCAUAACAGGUGCUCUAGCUCUCGACAUUUGGGUCUGGUAUCGGAUAGCGGAGAAAAUAAAGAAGGAAAAUCAAGACUCAGGUGCCAAUGUCCUGGGAUAUUGCCCAUUCUAUGCUCUGUAUUACAUUUUAAUGAUGUUCCACGUUCUAUUCGCUCAGUCAGCGUUGGGUAUAAAUAGGCGAUUCCAUCGACUCAACAUUACUCUCUAUCACGUGUUUCCUGAAUUUCACAAAACACCCAUAAUUGAGAUAACAUCGGUGUCAUCGGCCAACAAUGCUUUGGAAAUGCUGGAGAACAUAAUGGAGCCACGGAAAGGUUUAACCUCUGUUUCGCACGGCCGCAAACGUACCACUAUCCCACCCAAUCGGAUCAUCGAGGACCUGGCCUACAUCCAUGCCUCUUUAUCAACCGGAGUGGUUUUGGUUUCGAACACAUUUGGCGUGGCAUUGCUGGCGGUUUUGGGCUCAUGCUUACUGCAUUUAGUCGCUACAUCUUACUUCCUAAUGGUGGAGCUCGUUGGUGAAAGGGAUGCGGUGUUCUCUUGGAUCCAAGCUUUAUGGUUGUUCAUCCACAUUUUUCGCUUCCUUCUCACCGUGGAACCCUGCCAUAUAACGAAUGUUGAGUCUCGCCGGACGAUGACCAUUGUUUGUAAUUUGAUGAGGACCUGCAAAGAUUCGCUGACAAAAGAACGUUUAGAGAAUUUUUGGCGCCAGUUGGUGGACAAUAAUUCUGUGUUCACAGCAUGCGGUUUGUGCACGAUCGAUAGACACAUAAUUACGUCGUACUGUGGAGCUAUAGCAACGUAUUUGGUGAUUUUGAUACAAUUUAAAGAAGCUGAUGAUAAACCAAACCAGACGCCCAGAUCGUUACGUCUUUUACCUUGAAACAUAAUUUAUGUAUCAAUGUAUUCGAAUAACAAUGGAUAAUAAUUGGUUAAAUUAGUAAAUAUCUCUAUAAAAUAUGAAAACGUAAUAGGACCAAAAACCCAGAAUUUCAAAUUGAACUUAUCUCUGAAAAGCGAACAUGAAAUUAAUGCUGCACCUACAUAAUGCUAUUUUUUUUUCUUGGAAAUAAAUCUCUGAAUUUUUAGAGAUGCAAAUAAA